ACGUUCGUCGUACGAUCGUUCGUACGUCUAUGCCUUACAUACAGUAAAAAAUAUAUAGGUAAACACAUUCCUAUGUCCGAGCCAGUGUUUGGCUUAAUUCUGUAAUUCCUCUAAUGGUGAAUCAUUCGAAUAUUUUUCUAAUCAUUGAACGAUGUUUUGGAUAUUAUCCAAUGAACAAUUCGGUGUAAUAUGAGCAAUCGUCUAAUAUCACAAUUUAAGGACAUGUGAUCGUCAACAACUGCAAUCGUGUGCCUUGAAAGGAAAGCUAUGAGUAACAUCAUGAAGAUUUUUCGUUCGAAACGAAAGGCAUCCAAGAAAAAAAGGUUGUCCGAUGAAUCGAAUGAUGAUGAUCAAAACCAAACAGCAGCUGCUGGCCCAUCGAACCGCCCGGCAUCACCACCGAUUUUCAAGCUGACGGUCGAUUGCUGUGAUGAAAUAUUUGACUAUUGGUCAACGAAGGAUUUACAUUCAUUUGGUCAAACAUGCAAAGCAAUGCAGAAAGUGGCCGGUGAAUAUUUCAAGCGGAAUUGUGCUGGAGCUGAAAAAUUCACCCGUGAUGAUGGCAUUUACACAUAUUACUACGACCAUGAAGGUGCAUCCAAUAAGCAAACGCUGACAUCAGGUUUCAAUCGAUACAUUACCAAUAUAUCACAUUACUACGAUCACGGACGGGGCCCACUGCGUUACAUUGAGUCGCACAGUGACGAAUUAGAUUCGGUCAACAAUCUUUACCUCGUGUGCACAAGACUAAAUAAGGAGAAGGCUGAAUACUUUCGCAAGAUUUUACCAAAAAUUGAAAAUUUAGCGAUACAUCAAUGCUCAGCUUGGUGUGACAUGUUUAAUGAUAUAUUGAAACUCUGUGAAAACGUGACGAAUCUGUGGAUUCAAGAUGAUCUUGGGGAUAUUAUAAGCAGGAAGAAAAAUCCAUGGUUACUUCAAAAUUACCCAAAACUCAAGCGCUUACAUUUGGGUCCACGAAAUGUGAACGAAAUUAAUGAGCUUGUCUCUUUUUUCGAACGAAAUCCCAACGUGGACAUAUUUUCGACUAAUUACCGUUGUUUCUGGGCGAAUCGAAAUCAGCUCAUGGAUUCCAAAGCAAAAUUGGAGACGUUGUGUGUCGAAGAUUUCCACUAUGAUACGAUAGGAAAUAUGCAUGAGAUCUGCGAUCUUCUGAAACAACUUCAUGAGAAAGGCUUCUACAAGCGGCUGCAUCUAAAUUUUAGAGAGAUAAGCCAACAGCUUUGCGAUCAGAUUAUUCUGGUGCCCGGUCUCGAAAGACUACACUUCAAAAAAUUCAACAAAAUUUACAGUGUGCCUCAAAUGGUCAGUUUGAAAGAGUUACAUCUCCCUAGCGGCCUCAAAGCAAACGAUAUUCAGAUCUUGUGAAUCUCGAACAAGUUACAAUCAGCUCCAUAUCGUCGAAUGACCUGUUACCAUUCAUGCGUCAUUCAAAGAAGUUGAGGAAACUCUAUGCUUACCUCAAUGAACGCACUCUCAACUUACCGAAAUUGAACAAGGAACGUGAAAAGUCAGCCAAUGCACGAAAGGUAAUCAUUUAUGUCGGAGAUGACAUUUUCUUGGCAACAAAGUGGUCAACCCAUUACGGAGAAACCAUCAUGAAAUUAGUCGAAAUGAGACGAUGCAACGUGUAUAUGUGUUGCGUGUUCGAUUGUUAUAAUCCGAUGUUUAUUCGAAUGUGAAUGUUCAAUGACGUUUGAGUUCAGAUAAUUUG